AUGAGGGCUCCUCUUGUCACCCUGCUGGCUGCUGUCCUCUGUGUGGAACAAGUUUAUCCAUUCAUGUGCUACACCUGCCAAGAACAGGAGUCCAACAAGGACUGUUUAACCAUUUCCAUGUGUGCUGAAGAGGACAAACACUGUGUGACCAUCAGGAAGGACGUCGGGACAAAGCCCAACAAGCCUAAAUACGUCAUCUCCAAGAUGUGCUCUCCAACGUGUCCAGCAACAGACCAGCAACAAAUCCAAAGCUCCCAGAACAUUUCCUGCUGUGAGAAACCCUUGUGCAACGUGAAUGGAGUCAGCAGCAGGCAGAGCAGCCGUGGAAUGAUGUCCCUGGGUGUCCUGGCCAGUGUCACUUACAUCUUUGCAUAUGGAUUGUGA